AUGGCGGACAUGCUGGGGGGCUUGCUUGCCCUGGUUCAAGCGAGUACAUGUGCCGUGCCCUACCCUUGCAGGUUGUGUUGGGGUAGGGACAAGGGCAAUCCGGAAUUUGUCAUGGUGAUAGUUUAUGAUGGAUGCUCCACAGCACCGAUCUUCACGGCUCUCGGCUCAGCUAACCGCAGCUCCGUGUCGAGGUCGAGUCCCACGGGUCAACAAGUCUAUCCACCCAUCCACUGUGGACUGCAGCGCGGAAUUGUUGCCCUGCCGCAGUCGCCGUUCUACCUUCUGAAUGCGUCGCCCACGACAAGCCAUACUGCCCGUAAUGCCGUCUGUCCUGGCUCGGGCAGUUUGCAGGCAGAUCUUCGACCGGGCGCCAACUUUCGAUCGAUUCACCCACCGGAGUUUUUUUGUGUGCCCAGUACCAUGCCCAUGCAACACGAAGCCUAUAAUGGGACAUAUGAUAUGCCUGUACCGCAUUUUGCCCAUGGCACUAUGUGUCGCUUCAUAAGAGCAUUGGACGCCACCCCUAGCGCGUGA